AUGAGAUCAGGCGAAAGUGGAUUUCCUAUACUUCCAAUUGAUCGAAUAUUAAGAAAUUUUAGGCAAAUAUCACCACAUCAUGAUUCAAUUUCACAAAUGGCCUCUUGGUUAUCAUUUUAUAGAAGCUCUGCAGACACUUUAUGCUCUUUAUUUGGUGAUGUUUUUGUAGAUAAAACUAUCAGAGAAGACCAGAAAUUAGCUAUAUUUUAUGUUUUUCAUGAAAUGGUUACUAGAAUUAUAACAAAUAAUGAUGAAGCUCGAAAUUUUUUUAUUAUUGGAUAUGAUCAAUUUUUAUUAUCUGCAGCUCCUAUUGUUAGUCGUAUGCCAUUUGAAGAAAGGUCUCCAUAUCUUCAAGUAAUUAGAAUUUGGCAAUCUCAGCAAAUAUUUCCACAAGAUAUUUGUGAAAGAUUAAGACUUUUAUUUAAUCCUCAUAUAGGCAAUCAUAAUAAUAAAUUAAAUUCUUCUUUAUCAAGUAAAAUGACAACAAGAACUACAAAUGACUUAAUUAAAGCUCUGCAACAAAUUCAAACUUGCUGUAAAAGUAUUGCAACUGCCUUAAAAUCUCAAACGAAAUUAGAAUUAUCAAAAAAUAACCAUGAUUAUAAAGAAAUACAAGAAAUCUGUAUUAAUGAAUAUAAAGAAAGUUUAGAUAAAAUAACAAGUGCAGGCAUUUUAUUUGCACAGAGCCUUCAAGGUGAGAUGAAGAUUUUUGAAGACCUAAAAAGUAAUAUUGAACGAGUAUCUACUGAUGAAUAA